CUCACAGUUCAAGUUCAGUUGCUCUCAUGUGUGUGUCAUAUGAAGCCACACCUUUUGCUGGCCUUGCCUUCCCUACCCAGGUCAAAUAUGUAAGAAGGGAAGCUUGGUAAACUGUAUGUUAUUCUCGUUCAACAUCUAAUCACAUCUCACAGGUCUGAAAGCGUAAACCAUGUCUUUCCCUAGAAGGUCAUACGGUCAAGUCCAAACAGUUUCGACUGUGAACAGCAGUAGCACUAAAGUAGUGGAAGACAGCAAAAAGAAGACAUCACUGCUGAAGGACAACAGCUGGAUCAAGACCAAUGUGAAUGAAAACGAGCCAGAACAAGGUGCAAUCUUUGGCAAAACUGUUCUGAUGCGUUACAAGUCCAAUGAAAACCUUAUCAGCCCUGCAGAUAGUAAAACUAGCAAAACCGAGAGCAAAACCACCACCAUCACCACUUCAUCAGGUUCUGUCCAUGCUCUCACUAAAAGAUUUGGUGGGAGCCAGGACAAGCUGAAUGAAAGCAGAACCACAGGAACUAAAACAACAGUGAAAACGGAGCCCAAGACAAGCACUACAGCUACAACACUCAAAGAUGGUACAAAGAUAACUGAGACAACUGUCACCACAACCAGUAAAGAUGUAGUGAAAAGCAGGUCUGCAGUGUUCAGUGAACGAGACCAGCCAGUUUUAAAGAGGAGUUCUGGUGACUACAAGACUGAAGUCGUUACAGUGAAGUCAUCAAAGGACACUAUUGAUGGACCAACCUCACCUGCCAAGACCACCACAAGCGUCAAAACUUACACCAAGGAGGAAGUUUCCCCAGCUAAAACAACAUCUCACUCCGUCCAAUCCACAAAAAGUGACUACAAGACUGAAGUCAUUACAGUGAAGUCAUCAAAGGAAACCAUUGAUACAGCAAGCUCACCCGUUAAGACCACCACAAGCAUCAAAACUUACACCAACAAGGGGGAAGUUUCACCAACUAAAACAACAUCCUACUCUGUCCGCUCCACAAAGAGCACUGAGGAUCAACUGUUUGACACUCUCAUACCAACGUCAAUCAAGACAACCUAUUCCAAACCUGAAAGCAGUGACUACAAGACUGAAGUAGUUACGGUGAAAUCGUCAAAGGAAACCAUUGAUAUGCCAAGCACACCUGUCAAGACCACUACAAGCAUCAAAACCUACAACAAGGAGGAAGUUUCACCAUCUAAAACGACAUCCUACUCUAUCCAAUCCACAAAGAGCACUGAGGAUCAACUAUUUGACACUCUCAUACCAACAUCAAUCAAGACAACUUCUACCAAUAAUGACAGCAGUCGCAGGGAAGAUAUAACUGUCUCCAAAUCCAUCAGAACGGUGUACUCCACAAGCGACAGAAAUGAGCGGACUAGUGUCACAAGUCCUACUUACACCAGAACAUCAUACACAGAGAGCAGGCCUAUUGAUAGCCUGUCCGACACCCUUACAUCAAAAACCACUACAACAGUAUACACAUCACCUGAGAAGAAAGUCACAGAGAGAGACCUUUGUACAUUCUGCCGUAAAAACAUGUACAAUGCAGAAAAGAUUAUCCUGGAUGACAUGAAUAUAAACUGUCAUGCAAGUUGUUUCAAGUGUGAGGUAUGCAAUGCUUCCCUUGGACACCUGAAGGCAGGAGACAGCUUGUGGGUCUACCGUCGCUCUGUUCACUGUGAAAACUGCUUUGGUGUCACCAAGGGCAAGUGGCAUCGCUGAAACUACGUUGACCAUUAAUGAAGUCAAAUAAAAGAAAACGAUUUGCCAAAUAUUUAGACAGCCAAGACCGGAAAUUUUUCAUGGUUUUAAUGUGGACCCCGUGUUAUCUACAGUACAUUUAAAUAGUUUUGGUGGUGGUCUUAUGUCAGAUAAACAAAGUGCAUUGAUAGUUAUCAUUUCCUAGUGAUGUGAUAUGUAUCUCAUCUAACUACCAAAAUAAUAAGAAUAUUUUAAAAGAAGAAUUUUCUUAUCAUCUCAUGUAUGAUAAUAAUAAAUAUGAGUAAUAUUAGAGUUGAUUUGUUCCAGUUUUUUGUCACUUGUGUUAUUUUAAUAAAGGUUUAAUGUCUAUGAUAUGAAAACA